AUGGCCUCCCAACGGCCCGAAGGGCGCUGUGCCUGGCUGGUGGUCGAAGGGCUUCGAGCAGAGGAGAAAGCGGCCGAUUUAGACCGCCAAGGCCAGUCUGCGCAGGCUGCUCUUCACCAUGCGAGGGCAGCAUCAAAAUUCAAAGAGGCAGCUGAGGUUUGCCCUGAGGCGGACCGGGAGGAACUCGAGGGUCAUGCGCAGGACAUUACCGCAAGGGCCGUGUACUUGGAAAGCCUUGGUGGAAUGCCUCCAUCCAUGCCCUUAGAAGACCACGUGGGCGAGCUCUUGAUAAGCUUAGACUUAUCCGUGGCCCAACAGCCACAGGAAGAGCAGGUCCCAGAGCUGCUGGCACGUUCAGGAGUGAAUGGGACCUCUGCAGACCUAUGCGACAGUGGGCUGCAAAUGGUGCUGGCUUUGCAGAGCCAGGAUGAAUUGCAAAGCUUCAUACGGCGGCUGCUUUCAACGAGUUGGCGGCAGGUGAAGGCUGAUGAAGCUUCCACCGAGGAGUUCGCCAAGUUCGCGCGGGACUUCGGCACAGGAGCUGGCAACUUCCAAAGUCUGACGUCACAGCUCAGGAAAGCUACUUGGGUGGAGCUAAACCUGGGCCAAUCCCUCAGGAGCUCCCCAUCCAUAUAA